ACAGAAGGAUGGUAAACAGUGACGUCUAGGCACUUGUGCAAGCAACAUUUCCGCGUAUUCGCUAGGAUGAGUGCCACAAGCCGUGUUGACAGAAGGGUUCCACGGUUCCAAAGUAUGCUCCUUAGGUAGGUAGAUGAAGAACUAUUUAAGCCAUCGCUUAUGUCGAGCCAUUCAUCACUCAGCGGUACGUUGGAAGAGUGUGGUAACCGUGGGUAUACAUUUAAUCGCCCGAGCCCAAGACAAGAUGACAUCGCUGAGUGCCUCUCAGUUGGUGAUGCUGGUAAUUUUGCUUCAGUCUCCAAGAUUUUCAGUCGGGAUCGGUUGGUGGUUUCUGUGGCCCAUGACAGGGGUGUUAACAGCUCUCCAGACAGCAACAACUACAACAACAACAACCACAGCCGAUCCAGCCAUACCCAUCAUCAGUCAGUCCGCGAAUGGACUAGAUAUAUCACUCGGUAAUCGCGAAAACUCGUCCACAAUUGGCACGGACGGUGGAUCCGACAUCACGAACGUGGAAGUCAACUACGCCCGGGAACUCCCUUUGAAGUAUGAGCAAUUCUUCGCCGCCCUGCAAGAUAAAGCUACCGACAGCAUUCGUAGCAUAGCGGCCGGUACAUUCUCGCCCGAUGUUUGGAUUGAAUCCAUUCUGCAAGCGUAUUACCGUGCAGCAAACGACAGUCGCCAGGACCGAUUAGGUGCGCUAAGUAGCCGGCUCGUCGACCUAGAAGCGUAUGCCGACGAUGUUGCGGCGAUGCUCGAUCGCAUUAGGAUCGCGUUCGGUAUCGAGCUCAACCAAAAGCUGCUGACGCUAGAUGUGGCCGUAUUGAGAUGUGCGCAAGGCCAAACGGUAGAUGCGAUGGCAAAAAAGGUGUUCCAAGGGAACCGUGAUUGCGUUGCGGAUCGUCUCGCACGGGUAAGAAAUGCUCAACGGGAAGCCACUCGCAACAUUAGCCGGAUGCUUGUGGAAUGGGACGAAGUGUACCUUAGGGGUGAGAUAGCACACUGUUUGGCGGAUGGAACGGACGAUAUUUGGGCGAACAACGAUUAUCAACUUGCAUGCAUAUCAAAGAUCCUGCAUGAAGUAUAUCGCAAAACUCUGCUAAUGUCCCACACUGCCCAACAAUUGACGCUGGAAGCGGAAAACGAGUUCGGCACAGCAAAGGCAGACCUGUUACAGUGUGCCGGGGACCUUGUGGAGCAGGCGAAAGAAAGCCUAGACGACAUGUCCGGUGUUACUUCAGAAUGUGAAAAGCGUGUCGCUGCUGAGCGACAAAAUCAACAGGAUGUUAACCAACCGACUGAUAGAUCUUAGUGUAUCAUAAGGCAGCUGAUAAAAACGAAGGCUUGUUGGAAAGGUACACAUGUUGAUUUGAAUUAUUAAGACAUCAAAUAAACAAUAAAUUUGCAUCCUUGUUGAGGUAACUAGA